AUGACUGAAAUAAAAAAUGUCUACAAUUUUAAUUAGUUAAAAUUGAUUAAUUAUUUCCCAUUUUCCUAUAAAGAUUCUUCAAAAUUGGAAGAAUAGAGGAGAGGAUGAACCCAUGUUGGUUUUGAGGAACCAAAGAAACCUGAUUUCUGCACAGGGGACAUGUCGGCCGGCACUCCAACCACGUAUCAAUACACUCCACGUGGAAGCAGUGCUUGCACCCUUUCAGCUGCCGGAGCCUCUCGCCGUCGGUGACUUCGUUGAGGCAUACCGCACAGUAUGGCGUGACAUCUGUUUUGGCAUGGCUAUAGCGGAAAAUGAAACCCGGCAGACGGUUGUUGCCCCUCACCUGAAGUGCCUUUGCCCAAAGCCGGAUGAUGAAGAUGAUGAUUGUGACGGCGAUGGUGUUCUUCCACCCGGUUGUCGCUGCCAUCGAGCUGCCGAGCUUGGCGACGAAUUCGAAGUUGUCCUCCAUGAUAUUUUAAUUUCUCUCCUAUUAAUCUACGAGAAGUGCAACUCUCAGUUUGAUCAUUUAGGCCCUUAUAAAUUGCCAAAGAUUGAGAAGAAGGCUGUUUAAUUUAAUAAAUUAAACAAAUGUUA